UAUGGAAUAAGUAAUAGAUAUUUCAGUAAAACAUAACAUUGAUGUUUCAUUUAAAACACCUGUGUUAUUGCAUCUAAAAGAAUUCAAAAAGAAUCUAUUAAACUUAAAAGCUAUCAUGUUUCUAUUACAACUGAUGCUGAAGAAAAAUAUAUCUAUAAUUAAGAUACAAUUAUAAGCCACUUUGAAUUAUGGUUUUCAAAAGAGAGUUGAGAGCUUGCAAAUAUAAUAGAUAAUUUCAUUAAAUUAGAGAUAUAAACAAAAACAUGAUGUUUAUUGAUCAUUAUCAAGAAAGCAGUUCAGAUAAAAGCUAUAGUGAUACCGAGAGCAACGACGAGAAGAGGGAAACUGUUCCGCCAGCGGCUGUUUUGCCGCCCCCGCAGGAGGAACAGGAAGAAAAACCUAAGUGGUAUAUGAAAAACUUUUUGAAAAAGAGUACACCCGACACAAACAACACGACCAGGAUAUCACAACUGGAGGAAUCUGCUGGAAUGACGGAUCCUAAAUCUAGUCCAAACUUUCCUACACAACCAUCUGAAGUCGAUAAACAAUUGUCAAAAAUGCCAGACUCAAACUCUAAACACAGUGAUAAACAAAAAAGCAAACCUAAUUCAUCAUCUUCUUCAUCUUUAUCAUCUAAAGACAAAGAUAAUAAAAAGAAAAGGCCUCGUGACAGGAGUUGUGAGAGUAAUUUGUCCUAUAAUACUCGUUCACAUACAUCAUCUAAGCAAGUAUCGAUCAUAUUCAAGAGAAACUCAGCAAUAAUGAAUAGUAAGAAAAAGGAUCUCAAAAAAUCUUCUGUAAAACCUGUUAAAUCAGUGGAGAAAAAAUCAACACCAGUGAUAAUUAAAAAAGAGGAAUCAGUUAAAGAUCCGAUCGUGAAAAAAAGAGGUCGAAAGAAGGGUUCAAAAAAAAUUGCAAAACCUAUUCCGUUAUCAAAAAUCAAGUCAAAACCUUUGAUCUCAUCAGAUACAGAAGAUGAUGAACCGCCUAAACCAGUACAGAUAAGUGAAAAACGAAGAAGUCCACCACCAGAUAGUAAAAAUUCAAAAGUGAUAACAACUAGCAGUAAAUCUGAAAAACGGACAGAUAGUGACUGCAAGAGUAGAAUAAAAGACACUGAAAAUAAUUUUUCUUAUUUAGUAAAAAAAACACCAUUUUGGGAAAAAACCCAAAAACAAAAACCUGUAGCUCGAGUCAGAGCUGUUCUGCGUCCAACACGUUCGAAUUCAAGCAGCGCAGAUUCAGACUUCUCUGAUGUAGAAUUUAGUCCGCCACCUAUAUCAACAGUUACUGAAAGUCCGCCCAAAAUUGAUGUUGAAGGAACUAAAGUAUACGAUAAGAAUAAGAAUGAUACUUUAAGGAAGCUGUUUAUAACACGACGCAAAGCUGGUGGUGCCAAAAGCGGGGAAAUAUCAAAAGGUGUCAAAGGCGGGGUUAUUGUAGUUUAUAAAAACAAAGCAAUGCCCAAUGAUAAUGAACGUGUUAUAUCUCCUACACCAGUUAUUCCACAAAUGCCUGAAGAUUCAAAAAGCCAAAAGACUUUAAAACCAUCUGUGAUAUGCAAGAUACCAUUAAGUAAGUUACCACCCAAAUUAAAUUGCUUUUUGAAACAUAAUCAAAAAAACAGUCCAUCACAAACCACUCCAGGAUCAGAAAAAUCUAAAUCCAACGAAUCUCCAGCUAACACUAAUCCGUCUACUCAACCUCUUCAACAGCCAUCUUCUGAUGGCUAUUCCAAAGAUAUGACGGACAGUACUAAUGUAUGGCGUAUGCAAUCUAUGUAUCACCAGUACCCUCCAAAGAAAAGGUUUGUCUCAUACUUUGUAACCGAUUUAUAUCCUUAAAAUAACAUGCAUCAAAAGGUUCCUCUAAAAUUGUUUUAAUAAUUAAUAUAU